AUGGCGGAGGGCGAGUACGAGGCGGUGCUGUGCGUGAAGCCGGCGGUGCUCGUGUACCGGCUGCCGCCGCGGGCCUCCAACCGCGGCUACAGGGCUGCGGAAUGGCAGCUGGACCAGCCGGCCUGGAGCGGCAGGAUGCGGAUAACGGCCAAGGGCAAGGUGGCCUUCAUUAAGCUGGAGGACAAGACGUCAGGGGAGCUUUUCGCCCAGGCGCCCGUGGAGCAGUUUCCCGGCGUGGCUGUGGAGAGCGUGACGGAUUCCAGCCGAUACUUCGUCAUCCGCAUCGAGGAUGGGAACGGCCGCCGCGCUUUCAUCGGCGUCGGCUUCGUGGACCGCGGCGACGCCUUCGACUUCAACGUGGCCCUGCAGGACCAUUUCAAGUGGGUCCGGCAGCAGGGCGAGCUGGCGCGGCAGGCGCAGAGCCUCGAGGAGGGCCCCGCGCUCGACCUGGGCUUCAAGGAGGGCCAGACCAUCACGCUCAACAUCGCGAACGUGAAGAAGAAGGAAGGGGCAGCCGGGAACGCCCGGCCACGGCCCGCGGCUGCUGCGGUGCCGACCCGGCUGCCGCCGCCUCCCGGAGGGAAAGCUCCCGGCACGGCUCCCGGCUCCGCAGAGCGGCUGCGGGCACCGGCACCGGGCGCAGGCUCUCCCGGCGCUGCUGCCGACGUCUGGGGCGACUUUGCGGAGGCUGCCGGGUCCGGUUCCAGCGCGGGCCAGGCCAACGCCGGCUGGGUGCAGUUCUGACCCGCUUCCUCCUCGGUGUCUUCCUGCGCGGAUGCCCAGCCAGGGACCAAAGCCGGGGUGGCGCCGCCAGCCCUUCCCCUUCCAGCUGCUUCCCCCGCUGCUUCCGGACGCGCCGCCGCAGUCUGGAGCGGGCAGGGCACUUCCCAGAGCUUUCCAGGCAAGAAAGGAGAGCCCCCCCGCCACAAAACCCGGCCCCUGAGUGCCUUGGAAUGGACUCGGUGACGUAGGUGCUGGAGAACCAAAUGAGAAGGUGCCUUAAGUCACACAGUGCCAAUGCCCGGGGCGCUUCAUUGUCCCCGUGUCCCUCCCGGAGCCUUAGGCCGGCCCCGUGGUGCCUCCCUGCCCAGGAGCCCUCCUGCCUUUUGCUGCCCUGUUUCCCUGGGUUCCUCCGGAAAGUCACUCCGUGCCGGCGCGGACACCAGCGGGCCAGAGUGUCCCCAAACCCCCCUUCAUGCCCUGCUUCCCAAGGGAACAUCCUAUGGAGGCGCUGAGCCCCCCGCUGCUCCACUAACCAUGCCGCAGGUGGGAGCUGGAUCCAGCUUGGAGGCGCUGAGCCCCCCUUUCCUACUCCACUAAGGUGUUUGUUUUUUUCUCUUUAUAUUUUGAAGAGAUAUUUUUAUUCCUUUUUGCAGAUGUUUAUAAUCUCAUGCAUAGCUAGAUGCAGUGAAGGACAAAUUUAAGGCGGUCUCUUUUAACAGAGCUGAGGUUGAAAUUUCUCUAUAUUAAAAAAAAUAUAUAUUUUCUUACCUAUUUAUAUUAAGGUGAAGGCUUUUAACUGUGUGAAGUCCUGCUAUUUUUUAAGCAUUUUGAACUCUUUGUAUACUGUCAUCGUUUCCACUCCCAACGGGAUAGCGAGCACUUUGGAGCGUCGAAUUGUGCCUGGAGCGAAGCCGCCCGGGCUGGGCGGGCACCUUAAAUGAGCAAUAAAAUCACU